GAAUGAAAGAAUGGACAUAUAUUGUGUACAUAUAAAUAAAAAAAGAAAAAAUAAUAAUCGAUAGAAACACUUUCGGAGGGAAAUGUAAAAGGCAACCGGUUGCACGCGACGAGAUCUUACAGAAAUGCUUUAGGUUCCCUCAAAGUAGGUGCGUGACAAGCUUCGAAAAGGCGACACAAUCUUUUAUGGUCGACUGUCACCACUGGAGCUCGUUCCAAAAGGCUCUUCUGUUUUAAAAAUUAAAAUAUCUCUCCAACUGUCAUGGAAUCAAAGAAAUCGUAGGAGGCGAGUGCUAUAUUGAGUCAAUUGAACAAUCAGGGCAGGGAUGCCUCCUUUCACGAGGGAGAUCGAGUGUACUGCUUACUGCAGCUGUGGCUACUGUUGCAAUUGGGAAUGGGGAUUGGCAUUACCGGGACCAUUUUAUUUGGGCUUCUCGCCAUCUUGGUGUCCUGUGCACCUAAGGAAACGAAACAAAGGGUACAUUGAAAAACAAUUACCUUUGUUUGCAAGAUAUUGGACAGCAUCAACUUUGACUGGAUCACCUUACUAUGGUUUAACUGCUGAUGGCAGUGUUCCUGCUCAGGCCAGACCACCAAUAUUCUCAAAGAUGAGCUUAAUGCAGUAUAAUAAGUUGCCAAGUCGAAUAUUGCUUCCGUGGCGAUUUUUCCCAAGACAUGGAACAAUAGCUGCAGAUACAGAUUUCUACCCAUUUGGAACGAGGAUGUUCAUCUCUGGAUAUGGCUGGGGAGAGGUUGAAGACCGAGGAUCUGCAAUCAAAGGCCCUGGAAAAAUUGACCUUUAUCAUUGUUCUCAUAAAGAAGCUUUAAAAUGGGGACGGCAAAAGCUUCAGGUGGUAGUUGUACUCCCUGGACAGAGUACCCUCGACAGUUUGAAAAUUCCAAGACCAAUCAAGGAUGUACUUAAGGGGCUAAAUUGGCUGCGAAAUCUUUUUGUUUAACAUCUCAUUUAUCUCAUCAUGUGCUUUUCUUGUCUUGUACAGAACUCUUCGUUUAAAUCUUAUCAUUCAAGUAUGAUUACUAUUUUGAUACCAUAUUUUCAUGCACAAUGGGAAAUAAAUAAAUUCAAAAUUGGUCUCUGAAGAUCUGAGAAAUGACUUGACUAUUUGGCCUCUGUAUAACAUGAAUCCUAUUUCUUCCCAUGAUCCAACCAAGAUAAGUUCAAGCAAUUUUAUUGUAUUUGUUCUAGGAGAAAACAUAUGAGAAUUGUUUCUUUCUAGUGUGUUAUCAUAUUCAAGAUAGAUAUGGUUUUAUGUA